AGGCAUUAUGCUUUUAUCAUAGUUAUCACAUUCCAACCUCAACUACCUAUCCAACAACAUGAGCCCUUACACACUUGCCAUUCUCUCCCUUCUCUUUGGAGCCAUUUGGUGGUCAUUCCUCCACCACCUCCGUCGUCGAAAAAAUAGUCAAAAAAUUUUACCACCCGGUCCAUGGGCUUUACCAAUCAUUGGGAACCUCCACAUGAUAGGCAUGCUCCCCCACCGUGCCCUCGAAGCCCUAUCUAAAAAAUACGGCCCAAUCAUGUUAGUCCAACUCGGCAACAUCCCAACCAUCGUAGUCUCAUCCCCACGCGUGGCCGAGCUCUUCUUAAAGACCCACGACAUAGUCUUCGCUAGUCGCCCGAAUAUCCAAACGGCCAAGUACCUGACCUAUGAGAACAAAGGCAUGGCUUUUACAACGUACGGGUCGUAUUGGCGUAGUGUUAGGAAAUUGUGUACUUUAAAAUUAUUGAGUGUGGGGAAAAUUGAUGGGUAUGGAGUGAUGAGAAGGGAGGAGAUGGAAGCGUUAGUGCGGCGGUUGAAGGUGGCGGCCGUAGCGCGUGAGGUAGUAGAUUUGAGUGAGAAGGUGGAAGGAGUGAUAGAGGACAUGACUUGUAAGAUGGUGUUUGGGAGGAGUAGUGAUGAGAGGUUUGAUUUGAAGGCUGUUGUUCAGAAGUCUCUGGUAAUACUGGGAGCUUUCAAUAUUGCAGACUUUGUCCCUAUCUUGGCUCCAUUUGACCUCCAGGGUUUGACUCGAAGCAUCAAAGAAGCCAGCAAAGCCAAUGACACAAUCUUGGAGAUCAUCAUCACUGAGCACGAACAAGACCCUGCUAGAUUUCACCAAACCCAUGACAAAAAAGACUUCAUUGAUGUAAUGUUGUCAUUAAUGAACAACAAAUCCUCAAAAACAACCCACGACGAGCCCUCCUACUCCAUCGAUCGCAACAACAUCAAAGCGAUCGCAGUCGACAUGAUUGUCGGAGCAAUCGACACCUCGAGCACUGCAAUCGAGUGGGUCAUGUCAGAGAUCCUGACCCACCCAAGGGUGGCUCAAAAGAUCCAACAAGAACUCAUGAGUGUCGUUGGAGGAGAGAGAAUGGUAGCAGAAACGGAUUUGGUAAAGUUGGAGUACUUAGAAAUGGUUAUUAAAGAGACUUUGAGGAUUCACCCAGUCGCUCCAUUAUUGCUCCCACAUGAAUCAAUGGAGGAUAUUGUCAUCGAUGGCUAUUUCAUAUCUAAGAAUUCACGGGUUUUGGUGAAUUCUUGGGCUAUGGGCCGAGACCCAUGUAUCUGGUCUGACAAUGUUGGGGAGUUUUUACCCGAGAGGUUCAUUAAUGGACACGUGGACAUCCGGGGAAGGGAUUUUCAACUUAUACCGUUCGGGUCAGGUCGGAGGGGGUGCCCUGGGAUGCAUUUGGGGCUAACUAACAUUCGGUUGGUAGUGGCUCACUUGAUGCAUUGCUUUGAUUGGAAAUUGCCUAAUGGGAUGAAACCAAAUGAAUUGAAUAUGAGUGAGAAAUUUGGCUUGUCAUUACCAAGAGCCAAACACUUGCUUGCAAUUCCAACUUAUCGUUUAUAGAAAUGUGCUCUCAUGUGAACUUUAAAUUUGUGCGCAAGUAUUUAUUUAUUACUUUGAUAUGCAAUUUUAAUGGUUCUUGUGUUUUAUUUCUUUUAUAUUUGUUUAGAGCAUAUGUAAGUGCCAUGCUUCUCUUUACUUUAGAGAGAAGCAACUGUACGGUUGAGUUUACUAUAUGAAAUUUAUCAAGUAUGUUAUUUCGAUAA